AUGGCCGCGUCGCCUCCGCCGCCGCUGCCGCCACCGGAAGCCCCGACGUUUUCCCCUCCCCGCCCCUCCCCGCCUGUUCAGCGUUACGGGCCGAGGACCCGCUCCCGAGCCGGGCCUGGCGUCGGUGUUCGCCUGAGUUCCGCGCAUCGUGAACCCGCAAGGCCCCCCUGCGCCCACCCCGUUAGAGUCCCCUUUCCUCGUCCGCACCCAGUCCUGUCUCAGGGUCCUGGGUUGCCCAAGCCAGCCCUGGAGCAGACGAGAUGUAACGAGCUACAACCUCCGCGAAAGCUGGUUCUUUUUCGUCAGGCACUGUGUCGGGCAGCCCUAGGGGAGCGGCAACGUGCCCCGCAUGCGUGUGCGAGAAAUUACGAACCUCGAAAGUCGGCUCUCCGUUAUCUGCGGCUGCCGGAGGGGGUGUAGGGAAUGAGGAGCGGGUGAUCCGCAGCCCGCGGAUAGUCGGACGCUGCGCAGAGAAUGCCCCCUGUCAGUAAUGAUGCAGUCCUAGGGGCUUAGAGAAAAGAACUUAUCCUAGAGAGGCAAGAACUGUAUAGGAAGACUUGCACAGCCCCUCACCCCCUCCUCCAGAUCCAAAGACUGGAUGGAACACCUGCCGCACAGACUGCACAGUCCCUUUGGGCACCUGGAAGAGCA